AUGACCGCUCCCUGGCGGCGCCUCCGGAGUCUGGUUUGGGAAUACUGGGCCGGGCUCCUCGUGUGCGCCUUCUGGAUCCCGAACUCGCGCGGGAUGCCCCACGUCAUCCGGAUCGGAGGAAUCUUUGAGUAUGCGGAUGGCCCCAACGCCCAGGUCAUGAACUCAGAGGAGCAUGCUUUUCGAUUUUCUGCCAACAUCAUCAACAGGAACAGGACUCUGCUGCCCAACACAACCUUGACCUAUGACAUCCAGAGGAUCCACUUCCAUGACAGCUUUGAAGCCACCAAGAAGGCUUGUGACCAGCUGGCCCUGGGUGUGGUGGCGAUCUUCGGGCCAUCACUGGGUUCCUGCACCAAUGCUGUCCAGUCCAUCUGCAAUGCCCUCGAGGUGCCCCACAUCCAGCUGCGUUGGAAACACCACCCACUGGACAACAAGGAUACUUUCUAUGUGAACCUCUACCCCGACUACGCCUCCCUCAGCCACGCCAUCCUUGAUCUGGUCCAGUAUCUCAAGUGGCGGUCAGCUACCGUGGUCUAUGACGACAGUACAGGACUCAUCCGGCUGCAGGAGCUCAUCAUGGCCCCAUCAAGAUACAACAUCCGCCUGAAGAUCCGCCAACUGCCCAUCGACUCGGAUGACUCUCGGCCCCUGCUCAAGGAGAUGAAGCGAGGCCGGGAAUUCCGCAUCAUCUUCGACUGCAGCCACACCAUGGCAGCCCAGAUCCUCAAGCAGGCCAUGGCCAUGGGCAUGAUGACAGAAUACUACCACUUCAUCUUCACCACUCUGGAUCUUUAUGCAUUAGACCUGGAACCCUACCGCUACUCAGGAGUGAACCUGACAGGCUUCCGGAUCCUCAACGUGGACAACCCCCACGUCUCGGCCAUUGUGGAGAAGUGGUCCAUGGAGCGGCUGCAGGCAGCUCCACGAGCAGAGUCGGGCCUGUUAGAUGGCGUGAUGAUGACCGACGCAGCCUUACUCUACGAUGCAGUCCACAUCGUGUCUGUGUGCUACCAGCGGGCACCCCAAAUGACGGUCAACUCUCUGCAGUGCCAUCGGCAUAAGGCCUGGCGCUUUGGCGGCCGCUUCAUGAACUUCAUCAAGGAGGCUCAAUGGGAAGGAUUAACGGGACGGAUUGUUUUCAACAAAACCAGUGGCUUACGGACGGAUUUCGAUCUGGACAUUGUCAGCCUGAAGGAGGAUGGCUUGGAGAAGGUUGGGGUGUGGAGUCCUGCCGAUGGACUCAACAUCACGGAAGUCGCCAAGGGCCGAGGUCCCAAUGUCACCGACUCUCUGACAAACCGGUCGCUCAUCGUCACCACAGUGCUGGAGGAACCCUUUGUCAUGUUCCGCAAGUCCGACAGGACCCUGUACGGGAAUGACCGGUUCGAGGGCUACUGCAUCGACCUGCUCAAGGAACUGGCUCACAUCCUAGGCUUCUCCUACGAGAUUCGGCUGGUGGAAGAUGGCAAAUAUGGAGCGCAGGACGACAAGGGCCAAUGGAACGGCAUGAUCAAAGAGCUCAUAGAUCACGUUUGGCACCGUGGGCAUGAGAGCCAAUCAGGACCUGAAGCCCCAGGGCAGAGUGUGGAGCAGGCGGGUAGUGAGAUGCUGUUCAGCCCUUACGAGUGGUAUGAUGCUCACCCCUGCAACCCCGGCUCUGAGGUGGUCGAAAAUAACUUCACUCUGCUCAACAGCUUCUGGUUCGGGAUGGGGUCCCUCAUGCAGCAAGGCUCUGAACUGAUGCCCAAAGCUCUGUCCACGCGCAUUAUUGGUGGCAUCUGGUGGUUCUUCACACUCAUCAUCAUCUCCUCCUACACUGCCAACCUGGCUGCUUUUCUGACCGUAGAACGGAUGGAAUCCCCCAUCGACUCUGCUGACGACCUGGCCAAGCAAACCAAAAUCGAGUAUGGGGCUGUCAAGGAUGGGGCCACAAUGACCUUCUUCAAGAAAUCCAAGAUCUCCACCUUCGAGAAGAUGUGGGCCUUCAUGAGCAGCAAGCCCUCGGCUCUGGUGAAGAAUAAUGAGGAGGGCAUCCAGAGGACCCUGACCGCGGACUACGCACUGCUCAUGGAAUCCACGACCAUCGAGUACGUCACCCAGAGGAACUGCAACCUCACCCAGAUUGGGGGUCUCAUCGACUCCAAGGGCUACGGCAUUGGCACACCCAUGGGCUCCCCGUACCGGGACAAGGUCACCAUCGCCAUCCUGCAGCUGCAGGAGGAAGACAAGCUGCACAUCAUGAAGGAAAAGUGGUGGCGGGGCAGCGGCUGUCCGGAGGAAGAGAACAAAGAGGCCAGCGCUCUGGGCAUCCAGAAGAUUGGGGGCAUCUUCAUCGUCCUGGCCGCUGGGCUGGUCCUAUCUGUGCUGGUGGCUGUGGGCGAGUUUGUGUACAAGCUCCGUAAAACAGCUGAGCGAGAGCAGCGUUCUUUCUGCAGCACCGUGGCCGAUGAGAUUCGUUUCUCCCUCACCUGCCAGCGUCGCAUCAAGCACAAACCCCAGCCUCCUAUGAUGGUCAAGACUGAUGCUGUCAUCAACAUGCACACGUUCAAUGAUCGCCGGCUUCCAGGCAAGGACAGUGUGACCUGCAGUACAUCACUGGCUCCUGUGUUCCCCUAG